GAGUGGGGAGGAGUGAGAUGCUAUAGAUUGUAGUGGUGUUAUAACAUGUAGUCUCUUGUCUGGUGCUGCCCUUCAUGUUACAAAACGAAAUGUCUGCCACAAAUUCCAAAACACCUACAUCAGAGGAUGCUUGUUUAAACAUUAUCCACUGUCUUAUGUGUCAUAGACAAGGUGGAGAAUCAGAAAGAUUUGCAAAAAAAGCCAUUGAAAGUUUAGUAAAAAAACUGAAGGAAAAAAGAGAAGAACUUGACAACUUGAUUACAGCUAUUACCACAAGUGGUUCUCAAGCUACUAAAUGUGUUACAAUUCAGAGAACAUUAGAUGGUAGACUUCAGAUAUCAGGCAAGAAAGGUUUUCCUCAUGUGAUAUAUGCCAAGAUCUGGCGAUGGCCAGACCUUCAUAAAAGUGAAAUGAAACAUAAUAAAUUUUGUCUUUUUGCAUUUGAUCUCAGAUGUGAUUCUAUCUGCGUCAACCCCUAUCACUAUGAAAGAGUAAUUGGGCCCCCAAUAGAUUUUACACGUUUAAAUCUGCAGCCAGGACCUAGUCAACCAGCAAAAGAUGACUGUGAAGACCCAGAUUCAAUUGAAAUCGAUGUAAUUAAUGUACAACACAAACGCCCUGUUCUACCACCUAUUACGUUUCUUCCCCAACCUGUUCAAGCACCAGUAGUUGUUUGCGAUAAAGAAGUAAGUUAUGCUAAUAAUAAGCCGGAAGGGAGACAACCACUUAAGGAAAUGGUGGAACAACCAAAGUCCACAUGGACCCAACCGGGCUCACCAAAAAGAAAUAUACAAAUAAACAGUAAUUCAGGAGCUGCUUGCAGUUCGGGAACCAAUACCUCGUCUCCUCUUAUACAUUCUUCUGCAACUCAACCAGAAUUUUAUGCACACCUGGCACAAGCCCUGAUGGGCACUAUUGAAAAUCCAGCCGGGAAUAAUAGUGCCGCAACAAGGAAUUCCAGCAGCCCCAUACCAACUCAGGUACACACGAGGUCUGUUCAUGAAUCUACAUGGAGUGGUCACACUCUGACUUACACCCAGAAUAUGCAACCACAACCACCUCAAAAUGCAUACUGGAACCCUGGAGUAACACCGGAAAUAGAAGCCGGAGGUUUAUUGUCUAGCCAACCAGCCCCUGAACAUUGGUGUUCUAUAGCUUACUAUGAGCUUGAUGUACAAGUAGGAGAUACUUUCAAAGUUUCCUCUACUAUACCUAGUGUUACUGUCGAUGGCUACGUUGAUCCUGAAGGAACAAAUAGGUUUUGCCUUGGAGCACUUACUAAUGUGCAUCGUAAAGAACAGAGUGAACGGACUAAAUUGUACAUUGGCAAAGGUGUUCGAUUCGAUUUAAGAGGAGAAGGAGAUGUGUGGCUGCAUUGUCUUUCCGAACAUUCCGUCUUUCUUCAGUCCUACUACUUAGAUUCAGAGGCAGGAAGAACACCAGGAGAUGCAGUUCACAAAAUAUAUUCAUCUGCUUAUAUCAAAGUUUUUGACUUGAAGCAGUGUCAUAUCUACAUGAAAAAUCAAGCAGCUACUGCCCAAGCAGCUGCAGCAGCUCAUGCAGCAGCAAUUGCAGGCCACCCUCGGGGUCGGGGAUCCAAUAAUGCAGGAGGAAUAGCUCCAGGGGCACGUUUAAGCUCUGCUGCUUAUAUUGGAGUGGACGAAUUGAGAAAACCAUGCGUUUUACGCUUAAGUUUCAUUAAAGGAUGGGGCCCUGAUUAUCCUCGAAGUAAUAUUAAAGAGACUCCUUGCUGGAUUGAAGUUCAUUUUCACAGAGCAUUACAAUUGUUGGAUGAAGUUCUUCAUAGCAUGCCUAUCAAUGGACCUCGAGGAAUAGAAUAAAUUGAAAAUUUUUAUCACAAUUUCUCCAUAAUGAUUUUUAAUACGUAAAUGACAUUGGGGCAGCAGCCACAGAAUAAUCAUGAUUGGAUCUUCUUCUUAAAGCCUAAUUUAAUAUGAUUAAGAGGUGGAUGGUAUUUUAUUUAGUGGUAACAAAAAGAAACAAACAAAACAAAGGGCAACUGAAGCAGCACUACUUACAUUUAUGAGUGAAAAUAGUUCCUAUGCAUUAGAAGCACCAGAUUAUUGAGAAGUAUCUUCACUCCAUAACAUUCCGAAACUUCUUUCUCCUCAAUGAAGUAGGAGCAAUAAAAAAAAGACAAACGUAGACGCUAUUUUCAAUCUUUAAGCAUACUGGGUACUCCAUGGUAACAUUGAGCUUAGAAAGAUACUGAUAGGAACCAACCUAAUUAUGUUCAGUCGGCAGUUGCAUGGUUAUAAGUCAAGCUCGCUGUGUCAUCAACCUUGCAAGAAACAAAUAUCAGAAAAUAACCUGUAGAGUUACUUAGCUUGAAUAGAAAUAGUACCGGUUGUCACAUAUGGUACUUCAAAAGAAACAGUACAAAAAACACACUCCCUCUCUCAUUGUAUAUCAGUGAAACUCAUUUCACACCUAUGUAUUGCAUGAUCCCAAGCUCUUGUCAAAUCCAGAGCUUUGAUAUAAAUUGUUAAUUAAUUUUUAAUUUUUAAUUAAUUGUUAAUUAAUAUCAAUUGUUAAAAAUAACUAGAGACAACAAUAUUUGAAAGAAAAUAAAAGUCUUAGUUUGGCAUCAGGUGUGACAAGAAAUAUAUCACCAUGUGGCUUUGACACUGGUAUUCUCUAUUUAAGCAUUGAAACAGAUAAAUUAAUACGUUUACAAAAUCUCAGCCAUGGAAAAAAGUAACCUUGACUAAUAGUGGGCAAAACCAAAAGGAACCGAGUAAGA